AUGGCUCGUGGAGAUGAAGAGCGCGCGCGCCUGGCCAAGGCCAACGAGCAGGUGCGCUUCAAGGAGUCCGACUACCUCAAGCACUACCUCAAGAUCAUGAAGAAACGGGACUCAAUCAUCGCAAACGCAGCAGAGGCAGCCUCUGAUCAUCGAAUCCCUGAAGUCCUUGAUCGCAACCGCAUCUUUGAUCAAUAUAUUUUUGACAAUUGGCUUCCCGCUAAGAAGUUUGAGCAACUCUGUUAUCAGCAGCAGUGGCCCGAUCUUGUCAAAGGUCAGACUCUUAGCCUUGCUCGCUUCAAGGAGCUGUAUGAUGAGAACCCCAAUACCCUGUUUCAAGAGGUAAAGCUUCGCACCUUCAUGUUGAUGGCAAGCAAAGACCUCUUUGGGGAGCUCCAAAAGAUCCUAGCGACUGCCGACACCAACCUUGCUGUCGUCCGUGAGCACGCCCUCGCCUUUGCUGAAGACCUGAUCAAGGCCAAAGCAACAAUUACCUCUCCACAAUCUGAUAAAGAGAAGGUUAACAACAGAGGAGUGCGAAUCCGCUCUGCUGCCCGCGUCGCUGAGGACGAUACCCUGAUCGAGCAAGUCAACACUCAGUGGGACAAUAUCAUCAAGGAGAAAGACAAAGAGAUUCAGCUGUUGCGCGAGAAGGUUAUCAGCAUGGCUGGAGCCACCACUGGAUCGUCUCAAUCCAGCAGAAGUACCUGGCUGAGCCCUAAGCAGAAGGAUCCCCCUGUUUUUACUGGCAAUAAGCCUACUGCAGAGAACAACAACGCCAAUCACUUCCCUACCGACGAUGACAAGAUUACAUACAUCCUUGGCCACCUUCAAGGUUCGGCAUCCGAGGGUCUGAUGCCCUUCCUGGAGGUAGACGAGGCCACCGGAUUCGUGAAGCUAGCUGGCCAGGCAAAGAAGGAAGUCUCUAUCUGGAAGGAAGAGCUAUUCAAGCGGCUUCCCAACCGCCUGAACACUGCUUGCUUAGACAAGUACCACGAUGAUGAGGUUGACUUCAAAGGCUUCUGCAAAUACGUCUUGCGUCAUGACCGACAACAACGCAAGAACUAUCUCAUCACCCAGAUGCGAAAGACGGAUACCCCCAAGAUCACACAGAAACCUGACGCUCAGAAGGGUAAUGGAGGAGGUCUUCCCCAAGGUCCUCCCCAGGCCCCCCGUCAGCAACCUGCCCUCGGAGGGUUCCCCAGUUGCCAACCUUCUCCGGGUACUGUUGAGCAUUACAAUCUCCCUGUUCUCGGUACAGCUUCCGACGGACAAAAGAUGUACGCGAAGCCGCAGCUUGAUCAGAUCAAGGCCCUCAUUGCCAAAGGCCAGUGCUUUAUUUGUCACGAACACGGUCAUCGCAGCAACGAUUGCUCGGCUAAGGACGACUUUGAGAAACAGAAAGAAGCUCGAAUUAACGCUCUCUCUGCCAGACUUUUUGAUGGAGCGAAUGGAGGUUCGAUUGCUGCUCAGAUCGCUGCCUUGCAAUCAAAAGACCGACCCUAG